AUGUAUCCUGUUUGGAUGUCGCAUAUUGAUGACGUAGUGUUAGCAGCUAUUGGGUUAGAUAUCGUUAGCUGUUUUGGCAUCGUAUAUUUUAACCACAGACUGACUUCACAGCAUAAGUAAGAGUGCAGAUCUCAAGGUGUGUCUCCCUCUCCUUUCCCAAACAAAGAAGCGUUGGAUCUCACUCAAUAGUCCCUCCUGGAGAUGUCAUCUCUGUGUGGCACCAGCAGCAGCUGUCAAGAUGCAGGUCAAGAGGCCACAGAGAAACAGGAGAAGGAGCAUCCUCGCGUUCUCAUCCCGGAAUUAUGCCGACUCUUCUACCAGCUGGGAUGGGUGACGGGGACGGGCGGAGGGAUCAGUCUGAGACGAGGAGAGCAGAUCUACAUCGCACCAUCAGGCGUCCAGAAAGAGAGAAUACAGCCCGAAGACAUGUUUGUGUGUGACAUGGAGGAGAGGAACAUCAGCUGUCCACCUGCCUGGAAGAAGUUAAAGAAGAGCCAGUGUACACCACUUUUUAUGAAUGCCUAUAUUAUGAGAGGGGCACAGGCAGUUAUACACACCCACUCCAAGGCUGCUGUCAUGGCAACACUGCUGUAUCCUGGCAAAGAGUUCAGGAUAACACACCAGGAGAUGAUCAAGGGGAUUCGUAAGGGCACAUCAGGCACUAACUAUGGGUAUGAUGACAGCCUGGUGGUGCCUAUUGUUGAAAAUACACCAGAGGAGAAGGACUUGAAAGACCGGAUGGCUCGGGCAAUGGAGGAAUAUCCAGAUUCAUGUGCCGUCCUCGUCCGCCGACACGGUGUCUAUGUCUGGGGCGAGUCGUGGGAAAAAGCUAAGACCAUGUGUGAAUGCUACGACUACCUGUUCGAGAUCGCCGUCCAGAUGAAGCAGUGUGGACUGGACCCUUCAGCCCUCCCAACGGAAGAAAAAGGAAUAGUUUGACAUUCACUGGUGCUUUUAAAAGAGAUAUUUGUCGCAGAAAGGUCAGAGGUGUUCAAUCAGGAUCGCAGAUUGUAAUCAUUUGCCUUUCACGCCGGCCUGCUUCAAAUUUGCUGAGAUUUGAUGGUAAGGGCAGAUCCAGGGUUAAAGGAAAUGAAAUGCCUGUGAUCCGGAAGCACCUGGAGGUAUGCCGCAUAGUGCUGUGGGACAACUCUUGAAUGAGCAGCUGGCAAAUCAAAGUCUCCAGGUUUAAAUACUUUUCCUAUUCAUGUUUGACUGCACUGGAAUCAUGGUCUUAGUGUAUGUCAGACACGAACAUACUGUGCAUUUCAGUUGAUCUACAAUGAUGAUUAACUGCCUUUGCUUCAAUCAAUAAAAACUCAUGGGAUGUCAAUCGUGAGUCGCAGAAAUUAUUUUGAGAUUAUUGUUUAGGUUUUCCCUUACCUUCCAUCUUCUUGGUAGUCCAGAUGUCCCCCUUCCCCAGCAAUGUUUUCAAGAUCCAAAGCUAAAAAAUAAAGUUUUAAAAUGCAAUUUUCCAUUUUGAAAACCUUUAUUUCUCAAUUCUAUUUUCUAAUGCAAGGCACACAGACACACAUUAUGCCCGAUUUUCUUUGUUUAAGCUACAAAACAUUUCUGAAGCCAUAUUUAAGUUUGAAACAAAUAGCAAACAUAACUUGUCAUAAACACUGUAUACACACAAAUGAUUGUGGACAUCUUAUAAAACACUCUUUCAGUAAAAAUAACCCUGUGUUGUGUAAAAGGACCCUUGCUGUGUCCGUGUACAUCCUGUCAUUCCCACACCACCAUCCCAGCACCAGACAAGGGCACUUGGUGCAGGGAUAACACAAUGACUUUAGAUCCUUGCACUGCAUGCCUCCAGUCUGCAUACUCAUUUCUCAUAAAUGUCAGAGUUCUGUUAACAAGCUCCCUAUGUGGCCACAAUCCCUUGCUUCCACUACUGUAUUCCCUCAAAACAGAGUGGUGUCAAAUACUGUAUGCUGCAGGCUUAUUUGAAUUU